AUGGCUUCUCUCUUAGUCUUAGCUCUCUUUUGCACUGUUUUACCACUGAUCCUAGCCUCCACAAGCGAGCCUGUGAGAGGUCCUAAGGAAUUUAAAGUCGGCAAUUAUGUGGGUUGGCGUCAGCCCUACGUGAAUGAGACUGAACUGUACAAUCAGUGGGCUGCAAAUCGGAGAUUCCGCGUCGGAGAUUCACUUCGAUUCGAGUAUAAGAAUGAUUCAGUUCUUGUGGUGGAUAAAUGGGGAUACUAUCACUGCAACACAAGCAAUCCCAUUUCUGUCUCUAACGAUGGGAAUACUGUCAUCAAUCUCGUCACGCCUGGCCCUAUCUACUUCAUAAGUGGGGAUCCUGAUCAUUGCAAGAACGGCCAGAGGUUAGUUGUUGAGGUCAUGACACUGCACCCCAUUUCACAGUCUCCUCCGUCCAUUGCCAGUCCUCCUCAACCUUACUGGGCUGUGUCUCCUGCCCCAUCGCCACAGUCAAGUUCAGGAGUAUCAGUUUCAGUGACAUUGGUUUCAGUUUUAAUGGCUCUUAGUGUCAAUGUUGUGACAUUGGUAUUGGGUGCACCAUAG